GUCCGGGCGACCGCCUGGUGUUUGCACUAUCUAUGCAGUACGCGAAAUCGAUUGAGGUAAGAGGAGGGCACAGGGCAGGCAGGUUUCGCACGCUUUGUUGGUGAUUCGAGUUCGAGGUGUUUUUUCUCUGAUUAUUCCUGAAUCUAGAGUCAAUCUCCUCUCCUAAACUUGUGAGUAUCGAGUAUGUCGGCGGCGGAAGAAGAGGAGAACGCGGCGGAGCUUAAAAUCCCGGAUGAAUUCCUGAAGGCCAAGUGUCUCAUGAAUUGUGAAGUUGCCCUUAUUCUUGAACAUAAGUACGAGCAGCUUCAGCAGAUGGCCGAUGAUCCAAUGAAUCAAAUGUCACAGGUUUUUGAAAAAUCACUCCAGUAUGUGAAGCGCUUCAGCCGGUAUAAAAAUCCUGAUGCUGUGAGACAAGUUCGAGAAAUCCUAAGCAGACAUCAGCUGGCUGAAUUUGAGCUCUGCGUACUCGGAAACCUUUGUCCUGAAACUGUGGAGGAAGCCAUAGCUAUGGUCCCAUCAAUCAAGACUAGAGGUCGAGCCCACGACGAUGAAGCCAUUGAGAAAAUGCUGACAGACCUGUCUCUCAUCAAGAAAUUUGAGUAGAGUGAGUGCUGCUACUUCUAAUUUGAUGAUUGUGGUGAUAAAUUUAUUUAUCAGUUUGUCUUGAAAUUAUAAUUGAUGUUUCUUUGGUGUGUACUUUUCUAAAGUACAUUUCGUUUAAUAUAUGGCACUAUAUUCGGGAUUUUA